GGAAAUGGCAGAUCUGGAAGAGUUAGCUGUACAACUGUUCGACGCUGGUGCGGUGAGACUGGGAGACAUCGAGGCAAAAGUCGGUCGACGGACUCCCAUCUACUUCGACCUUAGGGUUAUAGUGUCGCACCCUCGUAUUAUGAUGGCGGUAGCGCGGCAUUUAGAAAAAUUAGCAAAGGAAAUAAAUCACGAUGUACUUUGUGGUGUGCCGUAUGCAGCCCUUCCACUGGCUGCAGUGAUGUCCGUCAACACCGAUACUCCAAUGAUCAUGAAACGGAAAGAAACAAAACUAUACGCAACAAAAAGAUUGCUAGAAGGCAUUUAUUACAAGAACCAGAAAUGCCUCGUCGUGGAGGACGUAGUGACAUCUGGCGGCAGUUUGUUGGAAACUGUUGAAACGCUACGUAGGGAAGGCUUGGUGGUCUCUCAUGCUGUAGUAGUUCUUGACCGCGAACAAGGUGGCGCUAGUGUACUUGAAGCAAAUGGCGUCAUUGUUAAAUCUGUAUUUUCGUUAUCAUGUUUAGUUAAUACCUUAUAUAAAGCCGGUAGAAUUAACGACGAAACUGUAGGAAUGAUAGUUGAUCAUAUUAAGGAAUGCCAGUUUGGAAUGAAAGACAAUUUAGAUUAGGUUUUAACCUAAAAACUGCACUAACCUAACCUGCACUUACCUACAAUGAUUUUAUAAGUAUUUAAAAUGUUUGUCUAAUAUCUUUGCUUACCUAAGUAUCGUCAACUGCCCUAACCUUGCACGGAUUUCGAUAUUUUAUGACUUUGUCGUAUUCCAAAAACACGCCAACGUUACAUUUAUCAAUAUUUUUCAGUAAAUAAUCAUGUAAAUCUAUUGUUAGUAAAGAAACAUUCUUGAACAA